GUCACAGGAUACAUAUCGCUUGAAGCUGGCUCCGGUGUUCUGCAGACGCACAUGCGCUCCUUCGGCAGAACCUUAUCUCGUGUAGUGUAUCAUAUCUACGAGUUCAUCCAUCUACAACUUUAUGCUGUGAGCAAGGAGACAUACAGAAGAAGGCAAAACGAGCGAACAACUUCGUCACUUCUUAUGCUCUUAAUCGCUGUUCGCCGCUUUGAACAAUAAUCCUCGCCGAAGAAAGGCGGAAAAUUCGGUCGCGCAUCUCGCCUAAAUGUUUCUUCUGCACGCGUUCGGGGUGACGACAGCGCCGCCGCACCGGCGUGACGUCACGUUCCUCGCCAGUAGUGUAUCACGUGUGCAACAAACAUCCGUCAAAGGUCGUGCGUAACGCACAUUUAGUACCGUCGCCUUUCCCUGUUCGUUGGGCCGCGCCAGUCGAGCCUCUAAUUCAACGAGUGUGAACAGCUUCCCUAACGAAACACAUCACCGGAACACCGCAGUGAUGCUGAGUCUGCCCGCCAACCUAGGGGUGUCUUCUCUGGACGAGCAGCUGAAUGAUGUAGAAGUGGCGUGCGCUAUCCGCGAAAUGGACUUCACAAAUUGCAUUCUUGUCGAACCCAACGAAUUGCGUCUGCACAUCGGCAAAUGUACGGAACUCCGAUCCUUGCGCUGCGUCGCGUGCCCGCUCAGGCCGAGCGCCCUGCUCGGUUUAAUGCUGGAACGGCUUCAUUAUCUGGCGGAAGUCGAGUUCUCCCUCGUGGCUGAUACGGACGUGGAGUCAGAAAUAAGGCACGUGCAGCAGCGCGCGUCGCAAAUGCCAGGCGCCCUGGCUCGCAUUCUCCGCCGCAUGUACGUCGAAGUGAGCGGGUACCCGAACUUCAAGCUCCUCUCCGCGCUCCUGCGCUACUGCCCAAACCUGGACAAGCUGCAUGUUCAUUUCGUGCGCGGAGUAUUCUUGAACGCGCUCCUGGAGUGUAACGACAUCCUCCAACAGCGCGUCAAUUUGGAAACAUUCACGUUCUCUUCCGAGGUGCCAUCCUCCGAUCAACGCCUGCCGUCCACACCGUUGGAGUUCACGGGCUGCGCGGCCGUCUGCGCCAACAUCAGAUACCGGAGGUCGACCAACUCGUGGAGCUGUGUUCGACUUGUAGACCUCGCUGUCAACAUUGCUGAUCCCCUCAUUUUGCCGCAACAGCUGAUCCUGGUUGCCGUCCACCACGCUGGAGGCACCACGGCGGAAUGGAUUCGCGUGGCCGGCCUUCGACACUUCUGGACGCACGUGCGCCAACUCUGUCUUCCGCUAUUUCCGGCACAGCCCUCCAAUGGUUUUUACGCGACGGCAGGAGCCGUGUACAGCGACAGUCUAAGCGACUUCAUCUCCUCCAAGCUCCAGCAAAUCGUCGAGCUUAACAUAAGUGCGUUCCACUUCGGCCCGGACCUCGAAUUGACGGCACUGCUCCAGGACGGCUCGCUGGAGCAUCUGCAAUCCCUCUCGGCGACCCCUUGCGGGCUUCGCCGCCCGUCAGCUCUGCGCCGUCUGGCGCAAAACUGCCGCGAAUUCAAAGAACUGGACGUCCGUUUCGAUAGGCGGGGUAACUUCUAUCGGUGCGCCGGCUGCGAGGGUCAGUUAUUCCUCGAUCCCGCGGACAUGUUGGAAAUGUACGAAGAUGCCCCCGUGUUUAACAAUCCGCUUACCAGGCUGACUCUCACUGACGUGCAUGGCCGUAUCUCCAUUUGGUUCGUCGUGGCCUGCCCAGCGGUUUCCGUGCGGCUGUCAGACUGCCCUAGUCCCUCGCACCCAGACUACCCGUCUCUGGGUCAGGUGCUCGCCAAAAACAGCUCGCUGAGUUGUCUCGUGCUUCGGCACGAUGCCCUGCCCUUCGGCGACGCGCGUCUGCUGGAAAACAUCUCGUGCAUCGCCAGCCUGCAGUACCUGUGCCUUCUGUCGGCGGUGCCGUUACUCGACAAUAUGGCCACGUUGUGCGUGAUGGCGUACACUGCCAGCCUGAAGCCUCACAUCAAGUGUGUACACGUUCACUACCGAAACUCUGCCAGCGGCAACGAGAAGCGGAUCACGUGGAUGAAGCGGGCUGGCGAUGAAAUCGAAGGCACCCUGGUUCAAGACGGUCCCUGCUUCCUCUACUGUUCGACGGCUACGUUCAUAGGACUCGCCAAGCCACUGAAUCGCGACUUCGGACAGAUCGUGUAGAUGAACGCACGGCCGAGACCUAAUAAAAUGUCUAAGAUAACGUAAAAUUGCUGCCUACAAUAAUACCGCUUAUUUGUUUUUUCAU